UGCGCGGGUGGGACCGUCUGGUGAGAAACUUCUCGUUGACUCUCACACACUUUCGGUCAAUACGUCAUUUUUUGCACUUAGAUAACGCAUCAUUUAUCUUUAUUAAAUAAGGGUGAGGAUAGGGAAACGUGAUUACUAAUCAACAUUAUGUAACUGUAAGUGUGGAAUGAUUUUAACAGUGUGUUAUGAAGAGAUUUGCCAGAAGUGACCGGGUAAUCAGAGACCAGCCGAAAGAAGAUGCUGCUACUAUGCGAUUGUUGCGCAAGAACGAAAAGUCGUAACGGAUAGCCGAGGCCUCGUAAAAAUUAGUCGGGGCUAGUGUAUGUCCUAUUAUUGAUUUCCUGUUAACAUUUUCACUAUAACUGAUAAUAUUAGUCCUGGUUGAAAGUUUUUUUUUAAUUUAUCCGAUAGCUUUUUGGUAUGUUCAUGAUAAUUUAAAAAAAAAUCAAUUGAUUCAAGCUUGAAUUUCUUUAUAAAUCAGACCGAGUUCUAGAUUAAAUUGCCACUAUUUUUUCGAGGGUUAACAUUCUCGUAGAAUCACUACUAACUGACGAGAAAGAAUAAUUGAAAGCAUAUCAAUUUUUUACAGAAUUUUUAUUUACAUUUAGUGCCAAGAAAAGUAGAAUUGACCCAUGAUAACGAGAAAUCGCUCGGAUUGUAUAAAUAAGAUGUGCGGUUGAUUACGAAAAGUGGAAAAUAAAAAUGGUUAGUGAUUAAUGAAAAAGAGUGGCUGGCCAAUAACCCACUCUUCGCCAAGUGGCAAAGUGCAAAAAUACAAAACAGAAACUUAAAUUAACGUCAUUAAAAUAAAACUUCAUGGGAGAUUGCACGAACUGUGAACUGUUUGUCGCAGCCUCUGGUGAGAUGAUUAAAUAUCCUUCGCUGUCUGGGCCAUUAAGGCUCGCAUUUAUUGCAGCUGCUGUCAUCCUAAUCCCACAACGCGUAACCUUUGCACAAACUGCUGCUGGCGGUGGAAGCAUGCUAGGUGACGUCAACAUCUCAGCAAUUCUAGAUUCUUUUUCAAUCAGCUAUGAUAAAAGAAUAAGGCCAAACUAUGGAGGUCCACCAGUUGAGGUCGGGGUCACCAUGUAUGUUCUCAGCAUCAGUUCCGUAUCUGAAGUGCUAAUGGAUUUUACCUUGGAUUUUUACUUUCGUCAAUUUUGGACGGAUCCGCGGUUAUCCUUUAAAAAGCGACCAGGAGUUGAGAUUUUAAAGGUUGGAUCAGAAUUUAUCAAAAAUAUUUGGGUACCAGACACAUUUUUCGUCAAUGAAAAGCAGUCAUACUUCCACGUUGCCACCACCAGCAAUGAGUUCAUUCGUAUACAUCACAGUGGUAGCAUUACACGAAGCAUACGACUAACAAUCACAGCUUCGUGCCCCAUGAAUCUACAAUACUUCCCAAUGGAUCGACAGUUAUGUAACAUAGAAAUCGAGAGUUUCGGCUAUACAAUGAGGGAUAUUCGCUACAAAUGGAACGAAGGGUUAUCUAGCGUUGGCGUCAGUAACGACGUCAGUCUCCCUCAAUUUAAAGUUCUUGGUCAUAGACAACGAGCUAUGGAAAUUAGCCUUACUACUGGUAAUUAUUCACGUUUGGCGUGUGAAAUCCAGUUCGUUAGGUCGAUGGGAUACUAUCUCAUCCAAAUUUACAUACCGUCAGGACUGAUCGUCAUCAUAUCGUGGGUGAGCUUUUGGUUAAACCGAAAUGCAACCCCCGCUCGGGUCGCCCUCGGAGUAACCACUGUGCUUACCAUGACGACACUCAUGUCCUCAACAAAUGCGGCGCUACCAAAGAUCUCCUACGUUAAAUCUAUUGACGUUUACCUUGGCACCUGUUUCGUGAUGGUCUUCGCAUCGUUGCUCGAAUACGCAACGGUCGGAUAUAUGGCGAAAAGAAUUCAAAUGAGAAAAAAUCGUUUUGCUAAAAUAGCAGAAAGUAUGAAAGCAGCUCGGGAGACACCUGGUCCACCUGGACCACCGGGUGAUCACGGUGAUCUGAUUCCGAAGCAGACCUGGCCCCGUGUUGUCCAGGAGGUGCGUUUUACGGUCCGGGAUCACAAGGCUCACAGCAAAGGUGGCACACUUGAAAAUACAAUUAAUGGACGAGCCGACGAAGAAGCUCCUCCACCACCCCAACAUCAUAUUCAUCCUAGCAAAGACAUCAGCAAGCUAUAUGCUCAAGAUGAUGCCCAUGCUGCUCUUCAAUCAUUGCCAAAGUUACCCAAGCACACAAUAUUAGGAAUAACGCCAUCAGACAUCGACAAGUAUUCACGUAUUGUAUUUCCAGUCUGUUUCGUAUGUUUUAAUUUGAUGUACUGGAUAAUUUAUUUGCACAUAAGUGACGUUGUUGCCGAUGAUCUUGUUCUCCUUGAAGAAGCCAAGUAAAGAAACAAUGUCUAUUAAAUCUUCUUUGGAUAAACAUUCGCACUUGACUAAAAUAAGAAAACUAUUUUUGCGUGGAAUAAUUUGUGCAAGACUAUAACUUCCUUAACAAAAACAAAAUCUCGAUGCCUCAGAGGUAUAUAAAAGCAUGAUUUACAUUUGGAAGAACAGCGUUCGAUUAAGAGUACAUAACCUUUCAAGAAAAAUUCUCUACUCUAGUUCCGAACACGAAACAAAAUUAUAAAAUAGUGUUAAAAAUAAAAGUUUCCUGUGCACGUAUCAAAGACUGAAUAUAUGCUACAGGUGCAUAUAUGCUGAAACAGUAUGUAUAAAGAGCAUACAAAUGCAUGAAGACUCAAAUGUUAUUCUAAAUCAUUAAGGUCGCCAAGGAAAGGAGAUCACAGAAAUUGUAGUAUACAUUAGUGUCUACAACAAGCGUGAUCAUGAAAUCAAGCAAAUAAUCGAUAACCAAAAUGCGUUUAUUAGAUAAAAUAUAAAAAAAUUAAUUAAAUUAUUCACAAGCCACACAUUCAAACAUAAUCCAGAUAAAACCCAUACCCAUGAAAUGGUAGUUAUAUAAAAAAUGUUCAAAAACUUAGCAAAUACGAUGUAAAACGUCAAUUUCGCUGAAUUAAAAAUAAUUUAUUUUUAGGGAGAUACAACAAUGACGGAAAGUUACUACUUAUAAUUUUCAACUUAAACGAAAUAUGAAAAAAAUUCGCCUUUCGGUACGAAAUAAAAUAAUCAUAUUAAAAU